AUGAGCGGAGUUUUUGACUCUCCCUUUGUGGCAGAUCAGUUGAAGGAGUUCCUGGGACGUUGGCAGGAAUUAAGAGCACCGCCGAUCGUCUUAAAAGCCAUAACAGGAUACUCGAUUCCGUUUGUAAUGAAGCCUCCUUCAAUUCCGUUCACUGCCGAUCUCGUAAAGAAAUUCUCAACAAAGAUCUCAAAAGCAAUGUCAGAGGAAAUCGAAAGUUUAAUCCAACAGCAGGUGGUAGAAAGCCCCGAAGCGCGUUCGGGGUUCUUGUCCCAGCUGUUUUUGAUUCCAAAACAGGAUGGGAAGUGUGGACCCUGGCUGGGCUGGGUCAACAAGUGGUUGGCCCUGGAGAGUCCGAGGUUUGCCCCCCAGUUGCGAGUGCGAGAGCCAGAAGAACCGCGAGGGAUUUCUUCUAAAGCUGGUUAUAUGAGAGAAGCAAAACUUUUGAAAACCCGUUUAGUAAGAUGUGUUUUUUGCGCAGAGGACAGUGUUUCUAAAAACUUUAUGCGUCAUUUGAUGAGACGACACGCUGGCGAAAAAGAGGUGAAGGCAAUUUUGUUGGAGCCUCUAAAGAGUAAAGCUAGGAAAAAGGCAGUAGAAGCAUUAAGAAAAGAAACUCAGUUCGAACAAUAUCUUGAUGGCGAUGGUAUUCCCGCACGCAGAAACUUUAACAAAAAUAUUGACACCGAAAACCAAAAAUCUCUUUAUUAUCCAUGCAUACAUUGCAAAGGUUUGUACAAAAAAUCUUACUUAAGUAGACAUUUAAAACUAUGUACCUCUAAAACAUGCAAAUCGGGUGCAUCGGGAGCCGUCUCAAAAUCACAAACAUUAACUGCAUGUAGUCUGGAUCCAACAAAUGUUGUAUCCCGUUUAGAAGUUAAGGAAAAGGUAUUUGACAUGAUGAGGGGUGAUGAUAUUGCGUUUGUUGCAAAAAAAGAUUUGUUAAUAACAUACUUCGGAAAUUCGUAUUUGAAAAAACACCGAAAGGAAAAAAGCAGCUAUACGUGCAGCAAUAAGAUGAGGGAGUUCGGGAGGUUAUUAAUAGAAUGCCGCAAACUUAUGAAUGAUCCAAAAAUCGAUAUGCAGCACUUACUCCGUCCCGUCCAUUUUGACACUAUUGUAACAGCAGCAAGAAAAUUAUCAGGCUACGAUCCCCUAAAAAAGGGCUUCGCUGCUCCUAGCUUAGCAAUGCACUUUGGAGGCAACUUGAAGUUGCUUUGUGAUGAACUGUAUUAUUUAAUUAUGAAAGAUACUACAGGAUUCAGAUCGAAGACGAACAGUGACAAAGCAGUCACUUUGAAGGCAGUUAAGAAUAUGAAGCAGCUAAUAGUUUCCAGAUGGAAUACUGAAAUGGCUUCUUUGGCAAAUAAGGAUUUACACGAAAAAUGUUGGAACAAGCCUUUGUUGAUUCCCUUGGUGUCGGAUAUCAAGCUUUUUAGGGAAAAAGCUUUCGAAAUAGCUAGAAACGCUGUUGCAGCCUUCAUAAAGGAAAUAGAUACAGAAAGUGACUAUAAAACGCUUGUCGAAUGCGUUCUAUCAUUACUCAUAAUUUUCAAUAGAAGAAGAAUAGGUGAUGUGCAGUAUAUGAAAAUAUCAGAUUACAACAAUGAGAAAAAAAGCAAAUUCAAUGAUUUUGAAGACGCACUUUCAGCAACAGAGAAAAUUUUGGCAACACGGUACCGAAGGGUCCUUAACAGCGGUAAAGGAUCUCGGGCAGUCGUAGUUCUGAUACCUCAAGACCUCGAUGAAUUCAUACAAGUGCUUUUAAGACACAGACAUAAGUAUAUUUGUGAAGAUAACGACUAUCUCUUUUCAAUACCAGGACAUAAAGUCAUAUGGGGCAAAGAAGACCUAGCAAUUCGAAACCUAACUAGAAAAAUUCCAUUAGAGAACCCUGUAGCUAUAACAAGUAAUCGUUUGAGAAAACAAAUUGCCACCGUCAUGCAGAUAUUAAGCCUGUCCAAAGAUGAUAUUAAACAGUUUUCUAACUUCAUGGGUCACACAGUUAAAACCCAUGAAGAAUUUUAUGAGCUUCCAGUUGAUGUCUAUCAGACAGCAAAGGUGUCAAAGCUUUUGUUGAUGAUUGAAAAUGGAGUGCCAAUAGAACAUAGAGGAAAAUCCUUAUCAGAGAUUGAGAUCGAUUGUAAAUAUGCCGAAGAAAACGAUAUGAAAUCUUUAGCAAAUCACCACGACGAUGGACUUGUAACUGAGGAAAUUGAGGAGAAUAACGAAAAAGAAGAUAGCGACCAAGAAACGGAAGAUGGAAAGGAGGUACCAGAAAUGAAUGAAAAGAAGAGGAAACGAAUGAAAUUUAUCCGGGGAAAGGAACAGCCGAAAUACAGAGAAAAAUACACUGACUCAAACAUAGAUGACAGAUCCAAGACCAAAAUAGAGGAAAUGAAGAAUAUUGGACAGGAAAAGGCUGAAGAAUAUUUUGAAGGCAGGAAAAAGAGAAAGAGUGAAAAAUGGUCUCCAAAUGAAGUCUCCCUGUUAAAGAAAACCUUUCAAAAAUACUUGAUUAAGGGCUCAUACCCUUCAACGGAAGAAAUAAGAAAAUUUUUAAACAAGAAUUGCAUUGAUAGGAAGCCAGUGGUGGUAAAAGCAAAGCUUCAGCAUUUGAGAAAGCNCGACUUCACCCCAUUAAGAAUCGACGCCGGCCAAACGAAAAAUCUAGUAUCGGUCCCUAGGGAAGACAGUAACAGAGUAAGAGUUGAAUUGUAG